AUGGGGAAUGUGGCUCCACAAACGAUCAUCACCGAUCAAAACAUUGCUAUUGGAAAUGCUAUUGCCGAAGUUUUGCCUAACACAAGUCAUCUAUAUUGUACGUGGCAUAUAAGUACAAAAUUUGGUGAAAAAUUGUCGCAUUUAUAUGCAAAUCAUGAUCACUUCAAAGAAGAUUUCAACUCUUGCAUCUACAAGUCACUAACGGUUGCACAAUUCGAAGAUAGGUGGGAGGCAUUAGUUGAAAAAUACGAUUUGAUGAACCAUUCUUGGUUACAAGAUAUGUACUCCGUUCGACACAAGUGGGUCCGUGUUUACACUAAACUGCACUUCACAACCGGGAUGACCACUACCUCCAGAAGUGAGUCAAUGAAUUCUUUCUUCGAUGAAUUUGUCAAUGCUAGUACCGGUUUGAAGGAGUUUAUAGAGAAUUCACAGAAAGCGUUGGAGAAACAAUAUUUACGUGAAAGAGAGGCUGAUUACGAAACAAAGAACAAGGAAAGAUCCAAAAUAACAUCAUCAUCAUUGGAGAGUCACGCGGCAUCUAUUUACACAAAAGAAAUGUUUAGACGUUUUCAACACGAACUCAAAGAAAGUGGAGCUUAUGUCGUGAUUGAGAGAGAGAGGAAUCCAAUUUACAAGCAUUACGAGGCAUACAAAACAACGGUCCAAGAGGAGUAUAGAAAACACUAUGUUUUGUUCGUCACCGAGAAUGGCAACAUAACUUGUGUUUGUCGAAAAUUUGAAAGUUCGGGAAUGCUUUGCCGUCAUAUUAUUCGAUACUUGUAUAAGAUGCAAUGGUCAGAGAUUCCACAGCAGUGCAUCACUUUGAGAUGGACAAUUGAAGGCAAUAAAAGAGUUGGAGCCUUACAACACAAGCGUCCUAAAAUUGGUAAUUUCCUUGAGUCACAACCCGCCCGAUACAGUACUUUAUGCAAAGCAUUUCAAGAUUUAGCAGCUCGCGGAAGUUGUUCAAUAGCGAGAUACAAUUAUCUCAUGUUAGGAAUCAAUAAUUUUUGA